UCUGUUAAACAAACAAACAUCAUCUUCCUCCACAAGCCACGCCAUUCAUCUUCUGCUUCCCUUCUCCGUAUCUGAUGGCUUUUCCGCAUACGUCGUCAUUCUGCGCCCGUAUCUCUCAAUUACCACCUCUUCGAACCUGCAUCAUCGAUGUAUCAAUGUCCUCCCGCCAAGACUCGAGACUCGGUUUACGCAUACCUUCAAAACCCCAGUUCCCUGCGACCUGCAAUGUCAGCCAUGGAAGCACGCACAUUCAGCGGAAUUCACCAAGAAAGCCUAAUUUCAUAGUCGGUGCCUCAAUUAACAACUCACCCUCAUCUUCCAAAAAAAAUCUCGUCCUGAUAAAUUCUGCAAUCACCGUGACAUUUGCAGUUGCCAGUCGCGUGCUGUACAAGCUCGCUCUCGUUCCCAUGAAAGACUACCCGUUCUUUCUCGCUCAAUUUACUACUUUCGGGUAUGUGCUGAUUUAUUUUUCCAUGUUGUAUGUGCGAUACCAUGCGGGUUUAGUUACCGAUGAAAUGAUUGCACUUCCGAAAUCACCGUUUAUGGCCAUUGGGAUUCUAGAGGCACUUGGAGUCGCAACUGGGAUGGCGGCUGCAGCCAUGCUUCCCGGACCAGCAAUACCCUUAUUGAAUCAGACAUUUUUGAUAUGGCAGCUAGCUUUUUCUACUAUUAUCCUAGGGAGAAGAUACGCUUUUAAUCAACUUGCAGGCUGCUUACUUGUGGCUGGUGGUUUGGUGGUGGCCGUUGCAAGUGGGCCGAAUGCUGGCCAGAUGCUAUCCGGUGUUGAGCUCGUAUGGCCUGCAAUAAUGAUAGCAUCAAGUGCCUUUCAAGCUGGUGCAUCGAUAAUCAAGGAGUUUGUUUUUGUAAAUUCUGCGAACCGCCUGAAGGGAAGAUCACUCGACAUAUUUGUGGUCAAUUCAUUUGGAUCGGGAUUUCAGGCUCUUUUUGUUCUUCUCUUUCUUCCUUUAUUGUCAAACUUAAAAGGUAUACCCUUUGCUCAACUUCCAUUAUAUCUCAGAAGUGGCUCCGGUUGCUUUAUAAAUAUUGGAGGCAGAGCACCAGGUUGUGAUGGGGCUCCACUCCUUCCACUGCUUUAUAUAACUACAAAUAUAGCAUUCAACAUAUCACUGCUCAAUCUGGUGAAAAUCUCCUCUGCAGUUGUUUCUUCUCUUGCUGUAUUGCUGUCAGUGCCUAUUUCGAUAUACGUGCUAUCGCUUCCAUUACCAUAUCUCCCCAAGGGUCCAAGUCUGAGCUCCUCCUUCCUAUUAGGCUGUGUGAUUCUUGUUUCAGGUCUGGUUUUAUUCAAUAUACCUCAGCCCGCCAAGCAAGCUUCAAAAUAGCUUAACCCCGCAUCAAUGCAAUUUCGAUUCUUUUCAUUUCUUUCAGUGUAUUAUGCAAAUGUAGAUAUUGAAUUAUCCCUCUGUUUAUAUGAACUGUUAAGCUUCUUGAUAUGCAAUUUGGUUCUCUUAUUAUC